CGAGGGAGGAGUGUCUGACAGUUGGCGCCGCUGGGAGGGACGGCGGGCGGCGCGAGUAGGCGCGGGCCCGGUGGGCCAGGAUUCAGAGAGCAGCAUCAAGGCCAAAGAGACAAUGGUCUCAGUGACUAUGGCCACUUCGGAGUGGAUCCAGUUCUUUAAGGAAGCCGGCAUUCCUCCAGGACCAGCUGUCAACUAUGCUGUGAUGUUUGUGGAUAAUAGGAUUCAGAAGAGCAUGCUGCUGGAUCUCAAUAAGGAAAUCAUGAAUGAACUGGGUGUGACUGUGGUGGGCGACAUCAUUGCCAUUCUCAAGCACGCCAAGGUGGUACACCGCCAGGACAUGUGCAAAGCUGCCACUGAGUCAGUGCCCUGCAGUGCCAGCCCCCUCCCAGGCAAGAUUCGCCGAGGCACCUCUAGUGCCGCCUCCAGAAUGAUCACCAACAGCCUGAAUCGUGACUCCCCACCUGGUACCCCCCCCAGGCGGCCAGACACCAGCACAUCCAAGAUCUCAGUCACUGUGUCCAAUAAGAUGGCAGCAAAGAGUGCCAAGGUUGCAGCAGCCCUAGCCCGCCGAGAGGAGGAGAGCCUGGUUGUUCCCACCAAGCGGCGCAGGGUCACUGCUGAGAUGGAGGGGAAAUACAUCAUCAACAUGCCCAAAGGCACCACCCCCCGGACUCGCAAGAUCCUGGAGCAGCAGCAGGCAGCAAAAGGUCUCCACAGGACAUCGGUGUUUGACCGCCUCGGCGCAGAGACCAAGGCAGACACGACAACGGGGCAUAAACCCACAGGAGUCUUCAGUCGCCUGGGGGCCACCCCAGAGAUGGAUGAGGAUCUGGCUUGGGAUAGUGACAACGACAGCAGCAGCUCUGUCUUGCAGUAUGCUGGGGUCCUCAAGAAGCUAGGGCGGGGCCCAGCCAAGGCUAGUCCCCAGCCUGCACUGACUGUCAAAGCCAAGGCCACAAGCUCAGCAACAACGGCGGCUACCCCCACGCUGAGGCGCCUGGCGCUUUCCACACACUCUGGGCUUGAGAGGAAACCAGAGUCCCUGUCCAAAGUCAGCAUCAUCCAGAGACUGGGCAAGGCUGCCCUCGUGCCUGAGGCCCAGGACAGCCAGGUCACAAGCACCAAGAGUAAGUCCUCGGCCGAAGUCAAGGUCACCAUUAAGAGGACUCUGGUGGGGCCCCGGGGGAGCAGCUCCAGCGAGGGCCUUGGUGCCCAGAUGGACCACGCAGGCACUGUGAGCGUGUUCAAAAGACUCGGCCGCAGGACCUUCUAGCCCACGUGUGGGGCGGGUGCAGGUGGCAGAACCGCAGGUGUCUGCCCCAGCCCCCUCCAGGCCCCUGGCUCCGUCCCCUUCCCGCCAGCUCCUGGAUGGCACUGCUGUCUCCCUCAGGUGUUCGAGCUGGGCCCGAGUAUCCUAGGGACUCACCCCAUGCUCCCUAGUCUGGGUUGGGUGUGGCCUGACCUUGCCCACUCUGCAACUUUCCUUCUUUCAUGUCCUCUAUUUUCUCCUCUCUCUGGCCUUGGCAAAACCCACAUUUCUACCUCUCCCAAGUGCCAAGGGCGAUUUUCUGUCCUAUGUUUCCCCUUCUUCCCUCUCAGUAGUAGCAUCUGCUGCCUCAAACCCCAGCUCCUCAGCCUCCCUGUCGCCUCAUUGCCCACAGAGUGGGUGUCACCUUGGGGGACUCCCUUAUCCCCCUACCCCACCUCACUCCUCUGUUCCUGCCCCUAUUACUUUAAUCUCUCUCUCUUUCCCUCUCUUCACUCUGUUCAUUUCUCUUCUGUUUUCUGUCCCUGUGGCAAGGCCCGACUGUCCGCUGUGUCCUGCCUGACCCUCCUGCACCUCUGGCCUCCCAGCGACCCCCUCAUCGACAGUGGCGUCGAACCUGUAAAGACUGUUAGCCACCCUCCACUCCCAGGCUGGAGGGAUGGCCCCAGACCCUGGGCUGCUGCCAGGGCACCUCUGUUUAACUGCCUUGGACAUCUUUUUCUCUGAAAGUCUGUGGCGGGUGGUGGGCAAAUGGCCCUGGGAAGGGCAGCCAGUGCUGAGAGAGAAGACAACGGCUGUUUUAAUAUAUUUUUGUGACUUUCAAA